GACCGGAAGUUAUCCUUUCCCUGACCAAAGAUGGCGGGCGGGGCUUCUCCUGCCCGCCUCCCGCAGCCAAUGGCAGCCGGAAGCUGCGCUGAUUCACGGCCGUGACUUCCGCACUACGUCGUAUGAUGCAACGCCCCAGCCGGGGAAGCCGAGUGCGCACGUUGGGGUGACCAGCCGGGGGCGAUGUCCCUGGAGGUGGCCAGGGCGACGGCAGGCAUGGUACUUGCAGAGCUGUAUGUCUCAGAUCGGGAGGGAAACGAUGCUACAGGGGAUGGAACCAAAGAGAGGCCCUUUAAAACGGGUCUGAAGGCUUUGAUGACUAUAGGAAAAGAGCCGUUUCCCACCAUUUAUGUAGACUCGCAGAAAGAAAAUGAGAGGUGGGACAUUAUUUCCAAGUCACAGAUGAAGAACAUUAAGAAAAUGUGGCACCGGGAACAAAUGAAAAAUGAAUCCCGGGAAAAGAAGGAGGCAGAAGAUAAUUUGCGCAGAGAGAAGAACUUGGAAGAAGCCAAGAAGAUCACCAUCAAGAACGAUCCCAACCUGCCGGAGCCCACGCGUGUGAAGAUUUGUGCAUUAGAAGGAUUCAGAGGCCAAAGAGUGAAAGUGUUUGGCUGGGUCCACAGGCUGCGUAGGCAAGGAAAGAACUUAAUGUUUCUUGUGUUGCGGGAUGGUACAGGCUAUCUUCAGUGUGUCUUGUCGGAUGACUUGUGCCAGUGUUACAAUGGAGUGGUCUUGUCUACCGAGAGCAGUGUUGUGGUGUAUGGGGUACUAAACCUGACUCCCAGGGGCAAGCAGGCUCCCGGGGGCCACGAGCUGAGCUGUGACUUCUGGGAGCUGGUGGGGUUGGCCCCGGCCGGAGGCGCCGACAACCUCAUCAACGAGGAGUCGGACGUGGACGUGCAGCUCAACAACAGACACAUGAUGAUCCGCGGGGAGAAUAUGUCCAAGAUCCUGAAGGCGCGCUCGGAGGUCACCAGGUGCUUCCGGGAGCACUUCUUUGACCGGGGGUACUAUGAGGUCACGCCUCCAACACUAGUGCAGACGCAGGUGGAAGGUGGAGCCACCCUCUUCAAGCUUGACUACUUUGGAGAAGAGGCGUUUCUGACCCAGUCCUCCCAGUUGUACCUGGAGACCUGCCUUCCAGCACUGGGCGACGUGUUCUGUAUUGCGCAGUCGUACCGGGCCGAGCAGUCCAGAACACGGAGACACCUGGCUGAAUACACGCACGUGGAAGCCGAGUGUCCUUUCCUGUCCUUUGAGGACCUCCUGAACCGAUUGGAGGACCUGGUGUGCGAUGUGGUAGACAGAGUCUUGAAGUCACCAGCAGCCAGCAUAGUGUAUGACCUCAACCCGAACUUCAAGCCCCCGAAGCGGCCGUUCAGGCGGAUGAACUACUCAGAUGCUAUCGUGUGGCUCAAGGAGCAUGACGUGAAGAAGGAGGACGGGACGUUCUAUGAGUUUGGAGAAGACAUCCCCGAAGCUCCCGAGAGGCUGAUGACGGACACCAUCAAUGAGCCGAUCCUGCUGUGCCGCUUCCCUGUGGAGAUCAAGUCCUUCUACAUGCAGCGCUGCCCUGAGGACUCGCGCCUCACCCAGUCGGUUGACGUGUUGAUGCCCAAUGUUGGUGAGAUCGUGGGCGGCUCCAUGCGUACCUGGGACAGUGAGGAGAUUCUAGCGGGUUAUAAAAGGGAGGGCAUUGACCCCACUCCCUACUACUGGUAUACCGAUCAGAGGAAAUAUGGGACGUGUCCUCAUGGAGGCUACGGCCUGGGCCUGGAACGGUUCCUGACCUGGAUCCUGAACAGGUACCACAUCCGAGAUGUUUGCUUGUACCCUCGGUUUGUCCAGCGCUGCAAGCCAUAGCCCAUCCCUCCGAAGCAUGAAGGAAGGAAUGUGGUUCCUGAAAUGGAGACUGCCUCUUCAGAAGAGCCAAAGAGCAGAUCAUCCUGUGUUUGCUCUACUGGGACAACUGUUUCUCUUUGCUCUCUAUUUUCUUCCCAUUUCCUGAAAAAAUAGUCCAGGGUAUCUGAACAUCAUGUGACAUUGAUGUCAUUGAAAUAAAAUAGCCAUUAGAAAGUCUGAAGGAAACAUGGUGUGUAGCUCUUUAGUUAUGACAAGAGACAUUUUGACAUUCUUUCCAACUAUAGAUUGUAAGUAUUAUGUUAGUUAUACAAUAUAUAUAUAAUCAUGCCAUUUUUAAUUAUAAUCUGACAUUCCAGUAACUUAACCUUCUCAUCCUGUGAAGUGUAACUGGAAUCUUUAAUUUAUUGUAUUGUUAUAAGUGAGUUACAAUAAAUGCGUUAGGGGAACCUC